AUGGCGAGGACACUGAAGCUUCAGUGUUUAGCCAGCUAUACAUGGGCCUACUUCCGUCAGGGUGUUGCUCUGCAGUACCUGGGUCGUCAUGCCGACGCCCUCGCAGCCUUCGCCUCCGGCCUCGCCCAGGACCCCAAGAGUCUCCAGCUGCUGGUCGGCAUGGUGGAGGCCGCCAUGAAGUCGCCCCUCAGAGACUCUCUCGAGCCGACCUACCAGCAGCUCCAGAAGAUGAAGCUGGAUAAAAGCCCGUUCGUGGUCGUCUCCGUCAUCGGCCAGGAGCUGCUGACUCACAGUUUCCACGGCGCCUCCGUCGUCGUGCUGGAGGCGGGACUUAAGAUCGGCACGUGCUCCCUAAAGCUGCGCGGAUCCGUCUUCUCCGCCCUAAGCUCCGCCUACUGGUCCCUGGGAAACACCGAGAAGAGUAUGGCGUACAUGCAGCAGGACCUGGAGGUGACCAAGACUUUAGGUGAUCAGUCAGGUGAAUGCAGAGCUCAUGGGAACCUUGGCUCCGCCCUCUUCUCUAAAGGAAGUUACAGAGAAGCUCUGGCCAAUCACAGAAACCAGCUGGUGCUAGCUAUGAAGCUCAAGGACAGAGAGGCGGCGUCUGACGCUCUCAGCAGUCUGGGUCAUGUGUACACGGCGAUCGGCGACUACCCCAACGCGUUGGCGAGUCACAAACAGUGUGUGCUGCUGGCUCGACAGCGACAGUGUCAGCUGUCUGAAGCCCGCCAGCUGGGGAACAUGGGCGCCGUGUACACCGCGCUGGGAGACUUCACCAACGCUGUGCAGUGCCACGAGCAGCACCUCGACAUCUCGAAGACUUUGGAGAACCGUCGCGAGGAGGCACGAGCGUACAGUAACCUUGGCAGUGCGUAUCACUCUCAGCGGGACUUUGACAAGGCGAUAUCGUACCACACACGGGUUCUGGAGCUGGCACAGGAGCAGGGAGACCGAGCCAUCGAGAUGAGGGCGUACGCUGGUCUGGGGCACGCUGCCAGAUGCAUGCAGGACCUGGAGCGGGCGCGUCAGUACCACCAACACCAGCUAGAACUGGCCCAGGAGCUGCAGGACAGAGCCGCUCAGGGCCGAGCCUCUUCCAACCUGGGCAUCAUACACCAGAUGAAGGGGGAGUAUGACAAAGCACUGAAGCUCCACAAAGCCCACCUGUCCUUCGCCCAGGAGCUCAGUGACUACGCUGCCCAGGGGAGGGCGUACGGCAACAUGGGAAACGCCUAUCACGCCCUCGGUAUCUUUGACCAAGCUGUGCGGUACCACCGACAAGAACUUCAGAUCUCACUGGAGGUGAACGAUCGUCCAUCCCAGGCCUCCACACAUGGAAACCUAGCUGUGGCCUACCAGGCGCUGGGUGCUCACGACCGAGCUCUGCAGCACUACCUUCACCAUCUGACCAUCGCACGAGAGCUCCAAGACACUCAGAGCGAAGCGAGAGCACUAGCUAACUUGGGGAACUUCCACUGUUGGAGAGGCGAAUACGCUCAGGCCUUGCCGUACUAUCAGCAGUACCUAAAUCUGGCCCCGGGCCUGCAGGACCUGGAGGGGGAAGGAAAGGUUUGCCACAACCUCGGCUAUGCUCACUACUGCCUGGGACAGUACAGAGACGCUGUCAGGUAUUACGAGCAGGACCUGGCCUUAGCCAAAGACCUCCAGGACAAGUUAGCCCAGGCGAAGGCCUACUGUAACCUGGGCCUGGCCCACAAAGCACUGAGGGAGUACAGCAAAGCAGAGGAGUGUCAGAGAUACCUGCUCUCUAUAGCACAAGCUUUGGAUAACACACAGGCUGUGUUCAGGGCCUUUGGGAACCUGGGGGAUGUGUGUGUGUGCCGGGGUGAUCUUCCAGGAGCCGUGAGGUUCUACCAGCAGCAGUUAACCUUGGCUCAGAGGGUCGACGAUCAGAAGAUGGAGGCCGACGCGUACUCUGCGCUCGGAUCAGUUCAUAGGCUCCUCCGUCAGUUGGAUACAGCCUUGUCCUUCCACAGCCAGGAACUGACCGUCCGAAAAGAUCUAGGUGACCAGCAGGGGGAGUGCCGCGCCCUUGGACACCUGGCGGCGGUACACAUGGCCCUGGGAGACUACGCUACAACCUUCCAGUGUUACGAGACCCAGCUGGGCCUGGCUCAGGGACUCAGGGACGCCCGUUUGGAAGCGCAGGUCCACGGGAACAUGGGCAUCACCAAGAUGAACAUGAGCGUGUUCGAGGAGGCAAUCGGAUAUUUCGAGCAGCAGUUGGCCAUGCUGCAGCAGCUGAGCGGGACCGAGAGCAUGCUGGACAGAGGCCGGGCCUACGGGAACCUGGCCGACUGCUACGACGCUCUGGGGGACUUCGAGGAGGCCAUUCAGUACUACGAGAAGUACCUGACGGUGGCUCAGAGUCUCAACCACGUCCAGGACCAGGAGAAGGCCUACAGAGGACUCGGCAGUGCUCACAGGUCUAUGGGAAGUCUCCAGCAGGCUCUGGUGUGCUUUGAGAAGCGACUGGUGGUGGCCCAUGAGCUCGGAGGGGAAGGAGGGGCAAGGCUCAGGCUUAUUGGGAGCUGGGUACCUUACACAGCCAGCUGGGGAACUACGAGCAAGCCUCUCCUGCCUGGAACAUCAGCUGAAUAUUGCACGAACAGCUGGGGAUAA